UGGUUAGUUUCCACCGGUUCCUAUAUAUAAUCAAGGUUUGUCAUCUAGAUCUUCCUUUUACAAUUAGUCUACAUAUCAUGGGUGUGACAAGCGUUUCACAGGAGUUAUUGUGCCCGAUUGCCCCAUCGCGCAUGUUCAAGGCUUUGAUCAUAGACUCCAAAAAUUUGAUCCCAAAGCUGUUGCCCCAAUUCAUAGCAAGCGUUGAAGUAACUCAAGGAGAUGGCGGAGCAGGAAGCAUUGAACAAGUCAACUUCACAGAAGGUAGCCAUUUCAAAUACGUCAAGCACAGAAUCGAUGAACUCGACCAGGACAAUUUCGUGUGCAAGUACACUAUGAUUGAGGGAGAUGCAUUAGGGGACAAGCUUGAGUCUAUUGCUUACGAGGUCAAGUUUGAGGCAGCUAGUGAUGGGAGCUCUAUAUGCAAGAUGACAAGUAAUUACAACACCAUUGGAGAGUUUGAGGUCAAAGAAGAGGAGAUUAUAGCAGGAAAGAAUAGUGCUAUGGGAAUUUACAAAGUUGUUGAAGCCUACCUCUUAGAGAACCCAAAUGUUUAUUCUUGAAUUGGGUCUUCAUCAUCAAUCAUUUGAUUGACCCUCCAGCUUUCAUAUAGUUACAAAUAUACACAUACAUGCAUAUAUCACAGAUUCACAGCAACUGUAUUGUUUAGGACUCGAUUUUGUGAACCCUUAACAAGAGUUAACACAUCAUAAUAAAAGUUCAUUAAGACAAGAAUAUAGUGAGAUUUAAACUUUCUCAUUAUUGUAAGACAGCAAUCUGCUUAUGAUUGCAAACCAGGAACCACACGUACUAGCUAGUCAGUAGUCACUAAUGUGAAAGGUGACAUCUUUCAUUGUCAUAUGAACUAAAAUCCUCUCCUUGGUUUCUUUUGUUAAACGUGCUUGGAUCA